AUGCCAAUGGGAAUGGCACGCAGCCGUCGACGUCAAGAUGUCGGGCAAUUUCCCAGCCUCGGGUCAAGUACUGCCUGGUACCUUGCUUUAACAUUGGCCAUCUGGUCUGUGAUUUUAUCGACAUGGGUUUGGAUGUUGGGAUUCAAGGUUCUUGUCGGCGAGAAACUGCUUCUGGCCUUUGUCACUCAAGACCCUGCGGCCGGUCAAUAA